UCAACGGAGCCUGCAGCAGUGACUUCAGUUUCACACAAAAAUGACUUCGUUUGGACAUCGCAGUAGUUAGCAACACAACACCGUCUGAAGGCCACAUGAGAGACAUGAUUGGUACAGUCUGCCAGAUCACAGUAGUUACUGAUCCAGGUACCCCCUACUUCCUGCGAGUGGACUGGGCAGUAGACCUGGGUGCUGGGUUCACACUAGCUCUCACUGAUGGCAGCUCAGCGUGGAUCGGAGAAGUUUCAGAAGAUGAAAUGACAAAGGAUGCCAUUGAAUUGGGAGUCACAAGGGAAAGAUAUGUUGAGGAUCUUCUUCAAGCACUAACAAGAAGUGAGGAAGGAGGAGGAGGAGGCAACAAGGAGGUGUAUUCUUUCCACCUUACUCCAGAUCACUGUCAUCUCUCAUAUCAGAAGAUCUCUAAUGACGUCUCGGUGCACUUGGGCUCUGUGGAGCUCCAGCAAGCUCCAGACUCUCUAGAGCUGAACCGGGAGAUGAUUGGCCAGUCCCUAAAGCGCAGCACAGAUCUGGAGUCAGAAAACUACCAGCUGCUAGAGGAGAACCGUAGACUGAAACAGCAGCACCAGCGAAUACUCACAGAGCUGGAGCAGCAAGUUCAGGAUAAGGAGAUGUUGGAGAGGAAGCUUUACUCACGUUUCGGCAUGGUGCUGAACGAGAAGAAGGCAAAGAUCAGAGGCCUGCAGGACGCUGUCUGCCAGCUCCAAGAGACCGCUGCCCGGCAGAGAGAUGAGGAGAGGAGACAGAGUGACACUGAAGCAACUCAGGGUGAAGAUGGCAGUCAGGACAGAAGAGAGGAGACAGUUCAGAGCAUCCAUCCAUCUCAGGAGUCAACUAUUCUCAUCACAGGUCGUAAUCUUGAGUGCCAUGGCAUCUCUGUGGACCAGACGUUUUCUGACGAUGAAGACGAACAACCGAGACGGAAGCGCAGGCUGCUUCACACUCUGAGCCCAGAACCUUGUGAACAGGAAUAAAAUCACAGAUGAUAUCCAGGACUCAUCAACAUGAUUACAGCCCUAAAUCUAAGGCUUUUGUGAUGAACAGGUUUUCUUGAUCCCUGUCCAGCUAUGUGGCAAGCUAGUCAACCCGUACCCUGAUGAACACACCCAAAAACAAUGACAACCAGGCACAGUGUCCUGGAGGUGUCCCCAGAUUUGAUGCCAGAUUAAGUCCCAGAUUGUUAAAGCAAUUUUCCCAAAGCAGGAGCAUGUUGCUGCCAUCUGGUUCGCUUUAACUGUGACAAUUACCUGCCACAGCUCUCAUGGGACGCUCGCUGCUUGUCUCUCAUUUUCAGUAAAUCAGAAGAUGAAGAAUUAAUGACGCCAUCUUUUCCCCAUUCUGUUCUCCGCUCGGCGCUGCUGUAAAGAUGCGUUAGUGGUCAUGUGAUAGCAGGCACUUAACGCCCUCCAGUGUUUCCUCAGGAACUGAUGGCAUUGUUGCUAAUGACGCGGAGGGUAUGGCAGAUAAUGUGGACCAGUAUGGAAGUAAUUUCUCAAGAGCUUGACUUCGCCCUGAGCUCGAUUUUGGCUGCCAAGCCCCUCGGCCUUGGCUCUGUGUGAGACUGAAAGAGUAACGACUACUGAGGGACAACAGGCUACACCCAGAAAACAGGGUGUCUCCACCAAGGAACUGAAGCUGCUUUGUAGCUGCUUAUUCAUCAUGUCUUGCUGAUGUUUUCCUCCUUCUUUUCAUUAUGAAAAUAAACUAUACACCAUCUCUUUCAUUUCCACUUUCUAAACUAGCAUUUUCCCAAAGAUAAUUUGACCUCCCCGUUUUUUCUUGUUUACAUCUGCUCUUUUAUUCUGGAGAUGUUCUGUGGCCCAAACUACCUGAGGGGUGUUAUGCAGAGGGUUAAUAGGGUUAUGUUGUCUUCACCUCCUCACCUCUUCCUUUACCUCUGCUACCAGCUUUAGGUCCUGAGGUCAUCACAGUGUGUCUUCACACUGACAGUAAUGAAGCUAGGGAGAUCUACUCUUUAUCUGACCAUUCUACCUUUGACUUCUGGACCCUCCUGCCGUCUUUUAUAAUUUGGAUGAUACCUAUAUUGUCUGCUGAAGACCACGGGUGGCAGCCAGGAUAAUCCCACAACACGCGCUUGCUGGUUUAGUAAUCCCCACAGGAAUGUCACACUCUCUCCUCUGCACAACCCGUCAAUAAGGCUUUUUAUACAGGGAAGUCCAGAUCGGGUAUUGGGGAUAAUUUACAGAUGAGUGCAUGACAACGUGAUCUGGAGACUACGCUGAAUAUUUCAGUCAAUAGUUUCAUUCAGAAAAUAAUCCUGAUAGCAUGUUAAUGCAGAUUAUUCUAAAAUACAACAUUAAAAUAAGGAAAUGGAUGUUGUUUCCUUAUUUUGAAUAAACCCUGAAGAUUGCUUUUGUCUAUUUUAAAGACAUUGUAAAUGUUUUCAACAUGUUGAUGCAAGAAUAAAUAUUUUUCAUUUGAUUUUAAAUAUAACAAAUGUUUC